AUGGUCAUUAAACUUUUCAUCGCUUUCGCCCUUGUGGCGGCCGUCAGCGCUGAUGUCUCCCACCUGUUCUCCAACAACAACAACCUCCAAGAGGAUGGCUAUCACUACAAGCAGCCUUCCGUGCCAUUUGUAGCUGAUAUCCCUGUGGUGCGUGAGAGCGCACCUGCUCCUGUCUAUACUGAUGCUUUCCAAUCCUUCAAUGGCGGAAAUUCGAUCGAAGAGACUGAGCAGUACGAAACUGCCCCUGCUCCAGUUUAUAGGGCUCCUGCUCCAGCCUAUAAUGCUCCUGCACCAGUCUACAAGGCUCCUGCUCCAGUCUAUAAGGCUCCUGCCCCAGUAUAUAAUGCUCCUGCUCCAGUCUCUAGGGCUCCUGCUCCGGUCUAUAAGGCUCCUGCUCCUGUCUACAACGCUCCUGCUCCAGUCUACAACGCUCCUGCCCCCAAACAGUCCUACCAGGCUGGUGCCUUGAAGGAAGAUGGCUAUCACUAUGAAGCUCCUCGCGUUGCUUUUGAGACCAAUACCGUGUCUAAGACUGUAGUGGCACCAAAGCCAAUCGAAAAGGAAUACCUGCCUCCAGUUCAGCAACAAACGUCCAGACCCAGGCCUGUAGUGACACCCGCAUACAAGGCUCCUGUUCCCACCCCAGCCUACAAAGCUCCUGCUCCAGUCUAUAAGGCUCCUGCUCCUGUUUAUAAGGCUCCUGCCCCAGUAUAUAAUGCUCCUGCUCCAGUCCAAAAGGCUCCUGCUCCAGUCUAUAAGGCUCCUGCUCCUGUUUAUAAGGCUCCUGCCCCAGUAUAUAAUGCUCCUGCUCCAGUCUACAAGGCUCCUGCUCCAGUCUACAAGGCUCCUGCUCCAGUCUAUAAGGCUCCUGCUCCAGUCUACAAAGCUCCUGCUCCAGUCUACAACGCUCCUGCUCCCACCCAGUCCUACCAGGCUGGUGCCUUGAAGGAAGAUGGCUAUCACUAUGAAGCUCCUCGCGUUGUUUUUGAGACCAAUACCGUGGCUAAGACUGUAGUGGCACCAAAGCCAAUCGAAAAGGAAUACCUGCCUCCAGUCCGUAAGGAAACUCCUAGGCCUGUUGUGACACCUGCUCCCGCUGUCUACAGGCCCCAGCCUGUUGUGACACCUGCUCCCGCUGUCUACAAGCCCAGGCCUGUUGUGACAGCCGCUCCCGUUGUCCACAAGCCUCAGCCAAUCGUAAAGGAAUAUCUGCCACCUGUCCAGAAGCAAACUCCCGUUGUAUACAAGCCCAAGCCUGUAGUGACACCCGCUCCCGCUGUAUACAGGCCCCAGCCUGUUGUGACAGCCGCUCCUGCUGUAUACAGGCCCCAGCCUGUUGUAACUGCCGCUCCCGCUGUUUACAAGCCAGCUGCCACGAACAUCGCGAAUGAGUACCUGCCCCCAGUCCAGAAGCAAGCCCCUGCCCCCAAGCCUAGACCAGUGGCACCCAAGCCCGUCAUUCCAAAGCCCGACUACUUGCCCCCAGUUCAAAAGAGCUGGCUCAGCUUUCCCAUCGUCUUCGUAGUCCUGCAGCUUGCCCUGCACGCUCAUUUGGCGCACGCCGAUGUCUCCCAGCUGGUACGCUCCGGCAAUGGCUUCGUCUACGAUGUGCCUAAGGUUAGCGAACUGCAACUGGAGGUCGACAAUGAGUUCCCCACUGGCGAUGAGUUCCCUCAAGAUGCCAUACCGGUGGCGCCGUCGGAUGUAGAGCUCGGCGUUACUCACGAGGCGUCCACAUCGAAUGGAAAAACCAGCAGCAGUACGAGUAGCAAACAUGGCUAUAAGUAUCAGGUGCCCAGCAGGCGUUUCAAGAGUUGA